AGGCGGGAAGCCGGGUUCGGCCCGGCUGGGCUCCGGGUGGCAGCGGCCGCGGAGCAGCCUCGGUGCGACGUGGAGGGCCGGAGGCGGCGGCGAUGCACUAGGCCUCGCUGUGGGGCGGCUGCCCGGGACCGCAGUUGAGUGGUGAUUUUAUGCAAUGGCUUCAAGCCACAGUUCUUCACCAGUGCCUCAAGGAAGCAGCAGUGAUGUUUUCUUUAAAAAAGAGGUAGAUCCAACAAAACACAUUCGACCUGUGCAGUCACUGCCAGAUGUGUGUCCCAAGGAACCCACAGGUGAUUCAAAUAGUUUAUGUGUUACCCCAUCUCUAGUUACAGAUCAAAAUAGAUGGACUAUAUAUCAUUCCAAAGUAAAUCUCCCAGCAGCACUAAAUGAUCCUAGAUUAGCAAAAAGAGAAUCUGACUUCUUCACAAAAACAUGGGGAUUGGACUUUGUGGAUACCGAAGUCAUACCUUCAUUCUACCUCCCACAGAUCAACAAGGAACAUUUUACAGUAUAUCAACAGGAAAUCUCUCAGAGAGAGAAGAUACAUGAGAGAUGCAAGAAUAUUUGUCCUCCUAAAGAUACCUUUGACAGGACUCUUUUACAUACUCAUGAUAAAUCCAGGACAGAUCUGGAGCAAGUACCUAAGAUUUUUAUGAAACCAGAUUUUGCCUUGGAUGAUUCCUUAACUUUUAAUUCAGUUUUACCAUGGUCUCAUUUUAAUACUGCUGGUGGAAAAGGAAAUCGUGAUGCAGCUUCCUCAAAGUUGCUUCAAGAAAAGCUGAGCCAUUAUCUGGACAUUGUGGAAGUAAACAUUGCUCACCAGAUCUCUCUACGUUCAGAAGCAUUUUUUCAUGCAAUGACCUCUCAACAUGAAUUGCAGGACUACCUCAAGAAAACUUCCCAAGCUGUAAAAAUGCUUCGAGAUAAAAUUGCACAGAUUGAUAAAGUAAUGUGUGAAGGAUCACUACACAUUUUAAGACUGGCACUUACCAGAAAUAAUUGUGUUAAAGUAUACAAUAAACUGAAGUUAAUGGCCACUGUACACCAAACUCAGCCUACAGUGCAGGUGUUACUAUCUACUUCUGAAUUUGUUGGAGCGUUGGACUUAAUAGCAACAACACAGGAGGUUCUACAGCAGGAACUUCAGGGCAUUCACAGCUUUCGGCAUUUGGGAUCACAACUUUGUGAAUUAGAAAAACUGAUAGAUAAAAUGAUGAUUGCAGAAUUUUCUACUUACUCUCACAGUGACUUAAAUAGACCACUGGAAGAUGAUUGUCAAGUUUUAGAAGAGGAAAGACUAGUAUCUCUUGUAUUUGGACUUUUAAAACAAAGAAAACUUAAUUUUUUAGAAAUCUAUGGUGAAGAAAUGAUUAUUACAGCGAAGAAUAUCAUUAAGCAGUGUGUGAUUAAUAAGGUUUCACAAAUAGAAGAAAUAGACACAGAUGUUGUUAUGAAGCUUGCAGAUCAGAUGAGAAUGUUGAAUUUUCCUCAGUGGUUUGAUCUAUUGAAGGAUAUUUUUUCUAAGUUUAAAAUUUUCCUACAGAGAGUUAAGGCAACAUUGAAUAUCAUUCACAAUGUUGUUCUCUCAGUUCUUGACAAAAACCAAAGGACUCGAGAAUUGGAAGAGAUUUCACAGCAGAAGAAUGCUGCAAAAGAUAAUUCAUUGGACACAGAGGUGGCUUAUUUAAUCCAUGAAGGCAUGUUUAUAAGUGAUGCAUUCAGUGAGGGCGAAUUAAUGCCUAUAGUAGUUGAUGCUACCUCACAAAGAAAUGCCUCUCCAAAUAGCGAGCCCUGCAGCAGUGAUUCGGUAUCUGAACCAGAAUGUACUACUGAUUCUUCAUCUAGCAAAGAGCAGACAUCGUCGUCUGCUACUCCAGGAGGUGUGGAUAUUAUAAUUAGUGAAGACAUGAAAUUAACUGACUUAGAACUGGGGAAGCUGGCAAAUAAUAUCCAAGAGUUACUGUAUAGUGCCUCAGAUAUAUGUCAUGAUCGAGCCGUCAAAUUUCUCAUGUCAAGAGCAAAGGAUGGUUUUCUUGAGAAGUUAAAUUCCACGGAAUUCAUUACACUUUCUAGAUCAAUGGAAACAUUCAUUUUAGAGACAGAACAGAUCUGUGGAAGAAAAAGUACAUCAUUACUUGGAGCACUUCAAAGCCAAGCUAAUAAAUUUGUAAAUAGAUUUCAUGAAGAGAGAAAAACCAAGCUCAGCCUUCUCUUAGACAAUGAGCGCUGGAAACAAGCUGAUGUUCCUGCAGAAUUUCAGGAUCUUGUUGAUUCUAUAUCAGAUGGAAAGAUUGCUUUACCUGAAAAAAAAUCAGGGGAAGAAAGAAAACCAGCUGAAGUUCUCAUUGUCGAGGGACAACAAUAUGCUGUUGUUGGCACUGUAUUGCUGUUAAUAAGAAUUAUCCUUGAAUAUUGCCAAUGUGUGGAUAACAUCCCAUCUGUUACUACUGACAUGCUUACUCGUCUGUCAGAUUUAUUGAAGUACUUCAAUUCAAGAAGUUGCCAGUUAGUUCUUGGAGCUGGUGCAUUGCAAGUUGUUGGACUAAAAACAAUAACUACAAAAAAUUUGGCUCUUUCUUCACGAUGUUUGCAGUUAAUUGUGCACUACAUUCCUGUGAUCCGGGCUCAUUUUGAAGCUCGACUACCACCUAAGCAAUAUAACAUGCUUAGGCAUUUUGAUCAUAUCACUAAGGAUUACCAUGACCACAUUGCUGAAAUAUCAGCUAAGCUUGUAGCGAUAAUGGAUAGCUUAUUUGACAAGCUAUUAUCAAAGUAUGAAGUGAAAGCUCCUGUUCCUUCUGCCUGUUUCAGGAAUAUUUGUAAGCAAAUGGCAAAAAUGCAUGAAGCUAUAUUUGAUCUUCUUCCAGAAGAACAAACACAGAUGUUAUUUUUAAGAAUUAAUACAAGUUAUAAACUUCACUUGAAAAAGCAGUUAUCUCACUUAAAUGUGAUAAAUGAUGGAGGACCUCAAAAUGGGUUGGUCACAGCAGAUGUAGCUUUUUACACUGGAAAUCUUCAAGCCUUAAAAGGUCUUAAAGAUUUGGACCUAAAUAUGGCAGAGAUCUGGGAACAGAAGAGGUGACAACUUACUGGAAAACUGGGUAAUUCAUCUGACCAUGGGACAUGUGUUUCUGAAGAAAAUCUGAAUGCCUGUGUUUCAAGAACCUGGAACCCAAAGUGAACUGAGAUGGGAGAAAGGGAAAAGGAAAGUAUCAGUGUUGGGAAACUGGAUUCAGUGGGAUCUACAAGGAAUGCCAUUUUUGUGCAUUCUUAAGUGAGGAGUAACUGAUCAGGUGUCUAUAACAUUUUUCAUUCUUUCUGGAAACAGACUCAGGUUUCUUUGGACCAAAUCCAAAAGAACACAUAGCUGUAACACAGCUGUAGUUGACUAGAAUGCUCUGUAUACUUUAUAUUAAAAAAUGCUUUGCAUUUCUUCCAGUGCAAUGAAAUUCAUAUGGUGUCCCACCUUAUUUAAUGAUGGUACAAUUUAAAAUAUUAAAAUCUUAGUCAACCUCUGUAGAACGUUUUCUCUAUGAAAGUAAAGCUGUUUGAAAAAAUUAUUUUUUUACAGAUCUUUCUAUAAAAAAUAAACAUCUUUUGAUUGCUUGGA